GGGUAUCGCAUAGCUAGUGAUGAAAAAAAGAUGAAGGUCCUUGUGAUCUUCAGGCAGCUUUGAAAGUAAAACAGAAGGGGGUGCGUCCUUUCAAGAAAAUAAAGAAAACAAUUAUAAAGCAAGUGUCAAGUCCCCAGAAUCUGAAGGGCCUGUACAGAAAAUAUCUACUAGGAUAUUACACAAGACUAUGAAUAUUUUCAAUACAGUAAUUCUAUGUCUCUUCACUAGUAUUCAGCUAGCUAUUGCUGAUACCAGUACCUCUAUUUUAUCAUCAUGUUCAACCCAAUACUCUACUAAAUCUAAUGCCGUAGUUAAAACUGUCACAACAAAAAGAGGCGAAUAUAACUACGCUUCCAACUUCUUCUACAGACCUGCUCCAACAACAAUUACAGUGACUCUUCCUGCUACAUAUACAAUUACCACCACAACCCAAACGACUGACCCUGCAGCAGUCAAAGCAAGGGCUACAGAUCCCGUAGUGAUUGGUGUUCACGAAGCAUCGAAGAAGCCUCGAAGCCUUCCCAAUGAUGCCUCACGUGGAAUGUCUCUUCCAAGAAUUGUGCCUAACAGGUUCAAUUUUCGAUCUCUAUCUCCAAAACCUUUGUAUCCUUACGUAGUAUACUGUGUAUACCGGAUCACGCGAGUCUCAAUCACGACCGUUACAGGCGCACAACAAACAAUAACCAAGACUGAGGCCCCGAAAUACACAACGACGACGGUAACUCAAACUAUAACGCUAUAACGGCAACAUUCGUUCGAGUUUAGGGUGCUUGAUACUUGGCUAGUUAUCGAAUCAGACUUACGGAGUCGAAAUUUCACCACCAUAACAACUGCUUUUCGUCUAAAAAUACACGAUAAAAUAUGUACCAUGCGAAAAAAUGAUUUCAUCCGUUGAGCAGACACGCAUCAUAACAUUCGUUUUGGGUGCUGAUAUUGUGGAGGAUUUCUCUAUAUACCAAUCCAUACAAGUUCUGGUAGUUCUACACCAGAUAUGCACGAUUGGGAUUUGAGUUACGGGGCACAACCCUGAAACUUUUGGGUUUGAUUUUAAAAGCAGACACUAUUCUGAUAUAAGAGUAGGCUGCGCAAAAAUUAUCCACGCCCGUGGGUACCCUUUGCAUAGCCUUUACAGUAAGACGAGUGAAGGAGAUAAUUGAAAACCGAGUACAUCAAUAUGAGGAAUCCACUAAACCCCUAGACAGUAUGUUCCUCCAAAAGUUUGGUCAUGUAAAGUACAAAAGUAAUUUGAUCUUAUCACUGAUGCUGAAAUCUACAUCAUUUUGUCCCGGCA